AUGCCAGCUAUUGGAAUUGAUCUUGGCACCACAUAUUCCUGUGUCGGUGUCUGGCAACAUGGAAAUGUGGAAAUCAUCGCAAACGACCAAGGCAACCGCACAACACCUUCAUACGUUGCUUUUACGGAUACGGAGCGUUUGAUCGGCGAUGCGGCGAAGAACCAGGUGGCUCUGAAUCCCAGCAACACAGUUUUUGACGCAAAAAGGCUGAUCGGACGUAAAUUCGACGACGAGAAAAUCCAACAGGAUAUGAAACAUUGGCCUUUUAAAGUUAUCAAUGACUGCGGCAAACCUAAAAUCCAGGUCGAAUUCAAAGGUGAGACGAAACGCUUUGCCCCCGAGGAGAUCAGCAGCAUGGUUUUGACGAAGAUGAAGGAAACUGCGGAAUCAUAUCUGGGCACAACUGUUCGGGACGCCGUCGUCACAGUUCCCGCUUACUUCAACGACUCCCAGAGGCAAGCGACGAAAGAUGCCGGAGCUAUCGCUGGUUUAAACGUUCUACGGAUCAUUAAUGAACCUACGGCUGCUGCUUUGGCGUACGGUUUGGACAAGAACUUAAAAGGCGAGCGAAAUGUAUUGAUCUUCGAUCUCGGAGGAGGCACCUUUGACGUGUCUAUUUUGACGAUCGACGAAGGUUCUCUAUUCGAAGUUAAGGCGACUGCUGGUGACACUCACCUUGGAGGCGAGGACUUCGAUAACAGGCUAGUGAAUCAUCUCGCAGAGGAAUUCCAGCGUAAAUACAAAAAAGAUUUGCGCUCGAACCCGCGCGCCUUACGACGCCUACGCACUGCCGCGGAACGCGCCAAGCGUACUUUAUCAUCUAGUACUGAGGCGAGUCUCGAAAUUGAUGCCCUAUAUGAAGGAAUAGAUUUCUACACACGAGUGUCGCGCGCACGGUUUGAAGAACUUAACUCUGAUCUCUUCCGUGGAACUCUAGAACCAGUGGAAAAAGCUUUGAAAGAUGCCAAGUUGGACAAGAGUCAAAUACAUGACGUCGUGCUUGUGGGUGGCUCAACUCGUAUCCCGAAGGUACAGAAUAUGCUGCAGAACUUCUUUUGUGGCAAGAAGCUUAACCUUUCCAUCAACCCUGAUGAAGCCGUGGCAUAUGGAGCAGCUGUGCAGGCAGCUAUCUUGAGUGGUGAGACCGACUCCAAGAUCCAGGACGUGCUCCUGGUCGAUGUGGCGCCACUGUCCCUGGGUAUUGAAACAGCAGGCGGAGUUAUGACAAAGAUCAUCGAACGUAACUGCAAAAUCCCAUGCAAGCAGUCGCAAACCUUCACUACAUACUCCGACAACCAACCCGCCGUGACCAUCCAAGUGUACGAAGGUGAGCGAGCCAUGACCAAGGACAACAACUUGCUUGGGACGUUCGAUCUCACUGGCAUACCACCGGCGCCGCGAGGAGUCCCGAAGAUCGACGUCACCUUUGAUCUUGACGCGAACGGCAUUCUCAACGUGUCGGCUAAGGAAAAUAGCACCGGCCGUAGCAAGAACAUCGUAAUUAAGAACGACAAAGGCAGACUCUCUCAGGCCGAUAUUGACCGUAUGUUGUCUGAAGCUGAGCGCUAUAAGGAGGAGGAUGAGAAGCAGCGACAGAGGGUGAACGCGAGGAACCAGCUCGAAACGUACAUCUUCAGUGUACGUCAGGCUUUAGACGACGCGGGAACAAAAUUGUCGGACGCGGACAAAAAUAGUGCUAGAAGCGAAUGUGAUGAAGCGCUGCGUUGGCUGGACAACAACUCUUUGGCUGAGAAAGAGGAGUAUGAGCACAAACUUAAAGAGAUCCAACGCGUGUGCUCUCCGAUCAUGAGCAAGCUUCACGGGGCUGGCGGCCCCACCCCCAACCCUGGGGCACACCCCAACGGACCCACCGUCGAAGAAGUGGAU